GAGAGAGAGAGACUAGGCCGGAGCCGCAGCCCGCAGCCGCCCGCAGUCCAAUUCCAACGUGACCCAAUUCAGCAAUUCCUUCACCGCUACCGAAGUCUACUGCCAUUCCUACCCCCUCCUAACCCCGCGUCGCCACGAGCUCGCCGCGCAGGCGAAGGAGGGGGACCUCGCCGGAGAAGAGGCCAUGGGCCCGCCGCAGCCAGCUAGGGGCGGCCCCAUCAACAUCGAGGCGUGCGCGCGGCCGAUCGCCGUCGACAACCGCAUCAGCCUCCCCUACUACUUCCGCAUCGCGGGCAGCCUCCUUCGACAGGCUAAUAUAUAUCGGAACGAGAAAAACAUCCUCGACCUGUAUGUAAUCCUUCUGAGAUACUCGAGCUUGUUGUGCGAGACGAUACCAAAGCAUCGCGAUUUCCUUGCCUUCAAGUUUAGAGAAAAGGCGUUUUUCGAUAAACUUAGUGAUGUUAUCAAAGAGCUUGAGUCAUUGAAGCCGGUUGUGCAGCGGCAGGUUGCCGAGCAUAACAGAGGAGGUACUGUGGAAUCUAAUACUAAUAGUCUAAAUGGAACCUAUGCUACAACUCGUAGGAUAGAGCAGCAUACCCCAAGCUUGUAUACUCCACAGCCAUUUGUAGGUAGCACUAAUGGAGCACUGCAAAAAUCCUUCCAAAUUGGGAGACAAGUGCCAUCAUUACCGAGUGUCCAACAUGAUAGGCAGAUGCAUAAACAAUUUAUGAACCUGCCUUAUCCAAGUGAAGAAACACUAGCUAGACAUUCCAUAUUAGGACCUAAUGGUCUUCAUGGCCGAUGGAAUGUGCCUGUUACUGGAAUUAAGGUUCAAUAUCCAAACAAUUUUGAAUUAACACAAAGUGAUAUGACAAGUUUAGUACCAUCCAUCUUGAACCAAGAUGGUUCACUUGGUCCCAGUACAGCACCUCCGGAUAGCUCCACAAAUGACAAUGAGGAUAUGAAAUCUGUUCUUUCUCUUGAUGAUGGUCGAUGGUCUGUACCAGCAGAAGAACGAACCCCAAUUCCUUCUGCUAGUUUGGAAGAAGAGUUGUUCCAAUUGAAUAUCAAACAGCCUUCUCCUCCACCAGUCCUGGCGGAGGUACAAAGACCUAUGUCUCCAUCAAGAGUUGCUGAUCCAACACCAGGACUUCCGACCUCAGGAACCGCCCGUUUUCAGAACUUGCAUGUUCCGAUCAAGUUGAUGGAGUGUUUUCUAAGGGUUGCUGAAUCAAACACCAAAAGAAGCCUAGAAACUUGUGGGGUUCUUGCUGGAACCCUGAAAAAAAGAACUUUUUAUGUGACCACAUUAAUUAUUCCAAAGCAGAAAUCGACAUCUAAUACGUGUGAAGCUACAAAUGAAGAAGAACUAUUUGAAGUUCAGGACUCAUGCUCACUUUUCACUCUUGGUUGGAUUCAUACACAUCCAACACAGUCCUGCUUCCUGUCUUCCAUUGAUCUCCACAACCAUUAUUCUUAUCAGGUCAUGCUACCUGAAGCAAUUGCAAUAGUUAUGGCACCUACUGACACAACAAGAAAACAUGGUAUAUUUCAUCUCACGGAUCCAGGUGGUAUGGGUGUGAUCCAUGAUUGUCAAGAGAGAGGUUUCCAUCCUCACAAGGCACCUCUGGAUGGCUCGCCAAUUUACGAGCAGUGCUCCCAUGUCUACAUGGACACCGAUAUAAAGUUUGACAUGAUUGAUCUCCGAGAACGAUGACAAAGCUCAACUUCACUCGGUCUAUUUGGAGCCUAUACUUAAGGCAGUUCAACAAAUCGCUGCCUUAUUUUUUUAGUUGUGCUUAAGAAAUACGAAUUUUUAUGUAAGCAGUUGUCCAUAGCUAUUGCAUUGUAUAGAGAAAAUUGGUUACCUUCAAGGUCCUUGAGGGCUCGAAGCCUUGUUGUAAUUCAUCCCUUUAACCUCGCAAGGCACGACCAUGUGACAAGAUGAGGAAGUGCUGUAUUUCAUUUUUAUGCCAUGGUCUUUGUACAUCGUUGAAUGUUUGACCUAAAUAACAUUAAAUAGCAUCGAUUGUUUGAGCUCCA